AAAUAAUUUAUUGUAAGUUAUAAAAAGUUAUCACAAUGGGAAAUUAUUCAGCCUCUUGGCUUGUGGAUUUAUUUCAUUCUGUGCCUCAUAUCAGCUUCCAAUUCACAGUUUUAUCUAAAGAAGAUUACCAUUUCGAUAAUCCUGCAUACUGGGAGAGUUUGGCCAUGAUAGCUCUCAUGGCAAUAUUUUUACUGUUGUUCACAAUGAUGGGAUUUGCGAUAUAUUUUUGCUGCCUGAAAGCAAAAGGAGGGGAGUUUGAAGGCAAAGAUACAGAUGGUGGAUGUUAUUGCUCCGUCUGUGUACUGGUUGUAUUUGUAAUGCUCAACCUUGCGGGAAUUGGAAUUGCCGUUUAUGGUAAUAUGCAGACUGGGGAUGGAAUAAAAGUUGUAGCAGUUGCGGUCCGUACAGCAAAUGAUACAUUUGUAUCACUUAAUGAUAAAGUCAGAAGUUUGCUCGAUUCAACUGAUGAGUUGAUGGAAUCUAUCACUGAAUUAAAAGAAAUGAAGACAGAUGAUAUUGAAAUUUUAAAUAUGGAAGGAUAUUCACAUAAGAUCUAUGAUGCCCUUAAUGUUGUAGCUGUGCCAUUGGAUAGCAUUGAAGACAGAUUAGGAUGGGCUGUAGAAAUUGUUGUUGUUACAGAGUAUUACAGGAGUCUCGUAACAUUUUGUCUUCUGGCAUUCCAGUGCUUUGUUUGUUUCCUUGGAAUGAUAGGGCUGUGUUGCAGAUCAAAAUGUACUCUAAUUGUUACGAUUGUUUUGGGAACUUUUUGUCUGACAGCAACUUACUUUUAUGUUGGAGCUGAUUUGCCUAUAAGUGUGGCCGCUGCUGAUUUUUGUGUUGAUCCAUUCAGAGCUAUUUAUAACCAGACUGUCAAUAAAGGAUACAUGUCUGAGAAAGUCGCAAAUUAUUUUCUCAAAUGUGAAACUGAUGAAUACCAUCCGUAUUCUUCAGAAAUAGAAGACGGCAGAAUUAUUUUGCAAAAGAUGGAACACUCUGCGGAGAUAAUAAGACAAGAAAAUAUAACGGAGGAACAAGAGGUUAUUCUACACUCAAUUGAAACCAAGAUUACUGAAAUGUUUUCGUUAAUUACCUCUCUCAAUGUUAUGGUGGAUUGCGAACCUUCUAAGAUUGCUCUUGGACAAACUAUCACAUCAAUCUGUGGUCCUGCUAUGGAAGGAUUAUUUGCAUUAGCUGCGGCAAUGCUCGCUACAGGAUUAUGCAUGACUUUUGCAAUUUGUGCAGCAGCUAAAACCGGCAAACAAUAUGGAAGACAUGUAUACAGAAGAGAUUCAAGCGAUUUGAUGGAAUAUGAUGAUGAUCCGUUUUUACCUCGUACAACUAACUAUCGGAAUAAUUCCGCUAGAAAUUCAAAUAUAACACGAACCAAUAAUCCAAUUUAUGCAACUACAACAUCCACAAAUAGUAACUAUGGAGUAGCCACCAAUACUUUGAGUUUUUUCAGAGAAGGUUCUGAUGAAGAUGUCAGUCUAAUUGAAAAUCCUCCUCCGUAUUCACCUCCAAGGCCAUCAUCUCGAUACAGUCCGUGAGAAUGUAGAUUAUAAACAUUUUUGCAAUACAGAACAAUGGGCUUGGAGCACAAACAUGGAAAGGCGAAGAAAUCAUUAUUGCAAAUAAAAUAUAUUGCAAUAUAAAAAUGCCGAAUGUUCUGAGUUGUCACUCAUAACUCAAUGAGCAGCUGAAAAUGAAUAAUAAAUUUGACAGUAAUAAUCUCUAAUGAGGGAUUGCACUUUGAAAACAUUUUUUUUCAUUUUUUGUCUUCAAGUAUUUCCGAAUGUCAGGUUCAUAUUUUUUUAUGAGUUAUUAAGAUACCCUCAUGUUGAAAUAUUUGUUAUUUUACAUUUUAUCGAUCGCUGAAAGUUAAAUUUUAUAACAUUGCUUUGUGAACGUCAUGUGCCUUUUUUACUGUCAAUCCCCGCUUAGAGAUGCUUUUCUUGUUCAUACUAGCCAAAUUUUUGUGUCAAAAAUAUUUUAUGUUGUGGUAUAAUUUGGUAGGAAUUGGUGAAAAUCUUUCACUGAAAAUAUCCUUUGGGAAAUUUUUAAACCAGUUUAAAAAAUAUUGCGCAAAGUUUUCAUGCAUGGUAAAUGAGACAUUGGAAACACCACUGCCUACUUCGAUAUAUUCUCGAUUCUACAAAAGUUCAUAAUCAAUUCGCGUAUAAUAUUACUUUUAUUCUUACUAAUUGCACUAUUUUGCUAUCUAACGCAAUUACAAAACUAAUCUUCUACCUUGUAAGCCCCAAUACCAUUUUUUCUAAAAGUUUAGUACAGGGCUCUCUGUGCCUGUAUGGUACAACCAUAUUUGAUACAUUUGAAUAUAUUUGGCUCUGGAUUUUGAAUUUACUAAAAAACACGGCAAGUACCUUUGUAAUAUUGCAUCUUGCCGCUUUGUUUGGAAGAUAUCAUGCUAAUUUGUAUGGCUGAGUCCAUUACAUACCGUACCAAUUCAGAAUUGAACUGCAUUCAAUAUGGAGUUACUUUCAUUAUAGCAAUAGUUUAAGCAAACUUUCAUUUUGCCAAUUGGUGAUGACAUACAACCGGUACGUACGCAUUCGCUUUAUUGUAUGCUCAAGUCCUUAAUAAUUAAUAACUAAUUUUCUAUAUAUUUUCAUGAGCAAAGCUAUUUUGUAAUAUAUUAUCUUAUUUUUUUAUUUCAUAUAUUUAUUUGCUUACAUCAGUGUUUGUUACGCUUAAUAAUGUGCUUAAUUUCGUAUUGUGAUUAUUUUAUGUUUUAUCAUUUCUAUUGUUUAUUGUGUUAGUGGUGGUUGAAAUUGCAAUAUUGGACCAAACAGUUAAAAUUGGGAUAGAAUAUAUUCUCGUGCGAUUACUGUGUAUUUUAAGUUAUAGUUUCAAAUUUGCCUAGUUUUUUCUUCUAAUAUGUUCUGGCUAUGGUAAGACGACGUUUAAAAUCAAAGUACCAUUUCUCAAUGAAAAAAAUAUAUAUGUUAUCAUAUUAACGUCUUGAUAUUAGUAAUAAUAACCAAAAUUUCAAUAAUCAAUGAUUACGAGUACUUCCUGGAAAACUUUUUUCACAUAUAUGAAAUAUUAAAAAUGACUAUUUUUGACAAUUUACACGAAAAUAUCUAAAUUAUUUCUACAACCAAGAUAUACCAUAGUCAGAUAUGACUAAUUGUGAAUAUAGAUAAAUUCUUGAUAAUUAAGGACAACAUCUAUCAGCACUUUUGAAUACAUUUAUUUAAAAUAUUGUGCUUUUUUGUUUUGUCCUAUUUUUGUUCUGUUUUUUAUUACUUUCAUUAUAUGCUUGCUAUUUUUACCAAUGCUGCUAAGUGUCGCGUUUAUGUUAUAUAAGAUAAACUGGAAUUAAACGGCACUGAUUCUAACUCCAAUACUGAUCUUAUCCGACUCAUUGUGACUAAUUUUUUUUUGGUGCUAUAGAUAAUAUCGUGUAUUUCAUGCUUGCAUAUUACCGUUUUGCUGUAUUUCAAUUUGGGAUGUUUUAUAAAUAGUUUCAGUAACUUCAGUGGAGUAACUUGUUCUGCUGGCAAUUUUGCAUUGAUUGUAUUAAGCGGUUGAAUAUCACUCUUAGAAAAUUUUUCUUCAUUUCCGAUAUUAGUUUCUUUGCUAAGAUUGAAAUUCUAUUUUGUAUCAUGCCCAGCUUAUGUGUAGAUUGCGACAGCGACUAUUAAACGUUUUGAAUAACAGUUGUGUUUUA